GCCCUCCCUAGACUGCCAUCAAGAUCAGCAGCACAGAGGCUUGGCUCGAGGCAUGGAGGCCUGAAUCCGGGCAUAGGUGUCCGAGAUCUGGGCAUGGUCGCCCGGAUCCGAUCUCCUCGCUUGAUCUUCUUUUUUCCUGAUUUUGACAAAGACUUGAUUCAUCUCGAAGCAGCUUCUAAGAUCCAGUUGAAGUUGCUUGCUGAAGAAAUGCAAGCAAUAAACAAAGGUCUUGAAAUUGUUGAGCAAUAUCUGUUGGCUUCCGUAAGGCUGCUGGACUAUGCUGCUGUUGCCAUGAGUGAUCGGCAUGCAAAUGGUCAUCGCAGUGUCACUCCUUCUGCUCCAUGAUAUUUGCCUUCGCUUUGGCGGCGGAU